UCCAACAUCUGUAGCUGCAGCUUUGAGAGAUCCAAGAUGGAACAACGCAAUGGGGGAUGAGAUAUCAACGUGUAUGGUAACAAACACAUGGACGCUUGUUCCUUGCACACCUGAGAUGCAUGUUCUUGGAAAUCAGUGGAUAUUCAGAAACAAAUUAAACGCAGAUGGAACGGUCGAAACACCAAGAGCGAGGCUUGUUGCUCAAGGCAACAAUCAAGAAGAAGGAAUAGAUUAUCUGGAAACUUACAGCCCAGUGGUCAGAACGGCAACAGUGAGAAUAGUCUUACAUUUGGCAACGAUUAUGAAAUGGGAAGUCAAGCAAAUGGAUGUUAAAAAUGCGUUCUUGCAUGGGGACUUGCUAGAGAAGGUUUAUAUGAGACAACCAGCAGGCUUCGUUGAUAAAACAAGACCUGAUCAUGUAUGUCUCUUGCACAAAUCUCUCUACGGUUUGAAGCAAUCUCCCCGGGCGUGGUUCAAUAAAUUCAGUGACUUUCUCAUUGAAUUUGGCUUCAUCUGCAGCAUAAAAGACCCUUCACUGUUCAUCUACUCACAUGAUGGAAACAUUAUAAUGCUGCUGCUCUACGUAGAUGACAUGGCAAUCACUGGAAACAGCUCUGCUACUCUCACGAAGUUGCUGGAAGAACUAAAUGCUAGGUUCAUGAUGAAGGAUCUUGGAAAACUGCAUUAUUUCUUGGGAAUUCAAGCCUCAUGUCACGAUCAAGGAAUAUUUCUGACUCAAGAGCAGUACGCUAUUGAUCUUCUUACUGUGGCUGGUAUGGAGCAGAGUGCACCAGUCAGCACGCCACUUCCGCUACAGCUAAACAACGUUCCAGAACAGAACGUUCCAUUCACUGAUCCGCAUUACUUCAGGAGUCUGGCUGGGAAAUUGCAAUAUCUUACACUGACCAGACCAGACAUCCAAUACGCAGUCAACUACGUCUGCCAAAAGAUGCACGCUCCAUCAGUCUCAGACUUCACAAACCUCAAACGCAUCUUGCGAUAUGUGAAAGGGACAUUGUCUAUGGGAAUCUCGUUUCUUCGUGACACUGAUUGUACUCUGAGAGCCUACAGUGAUAGCGACUGGGCAGGAUGUCCAUCAACACGAAGAUCUACAGGCGGGUUCUGCACGUUCCUUGGGCAAAACUUGAUCUCAUAGUCUUCAAAGAAGCAACCAACAGUGUCUAAAAGCUCAACAGAAGCCGAAUACAGAGCUCUAUCUGAAACCGCUUCAGAGCUGGCAUGGAUAAGUAUGUUACUCAAGGAACUAGGAAUCUCUCUGCCUGUCACUCCACAACUGUUCGGAGACAACCUUUCUUCUAUCUACCUAACAGCCAAUCCAGCUUUUCACCGAAGAACAAAACACUUUGAAACGGACUAUCACUACGUUAGGGAGAGGGUUGCUCUGGGAUCACUAGUAGUCAGACACAUCCCUGCUCGGCUCCAGUUAGCAGACAUAUUUACAAAGUCCCUUCCGACGGCUGCGUUUCAGAGUUUGAGGUACAAACUAGACGUUGAUUAUCAUCCCACGCAUAGUUUGAAGGGGAGUAUCAACGUAACCAACAAGUCACAACAUCAAGCUCAAAAGGAUGCAGUUUCAUUUGAGGAAAUCAUAGAGCCCAAGAAGUUAGUUCAGGCCCAACCCAAGACCAGUCAACGGAACUCUUCAACGGUCACAACAGAUGAAGACAAAAUCAGAGCUGGCGAAGAGAAGAGAAGAGGAAAAAGGAUAGCGACUGAGUGUACUAAACUGAGAAGUGGUCCUGAACUGUACAACUCAUUUCAAGCCCUUGGAUGUCUAGGAGAAGAAGGAUGAGGACACGUCAAUAGAGAACUAGGGCUUUCAUCAUUUACUAUAUAAGUGUGUAUUGAGACAUUGUAAAAGCUUAAAAAACAAGAAAUAGAAAAUUGCAUUUUCAGAAAACUUAUUUCUUCAACUUUCAAAUUGGUGGUAGUUAGAUAAAUGGAAAAAUAAACAAAAAUUCAGUUAAGGAAUUGAAACAACAAAUAUGAAUGUCUGUUCAUUUUGUUCUUCAUCAAAAUUGGAGAAGAUUUUUUUUUCUUUAUAAAUUCAUUCUUCCAUAAAAAAUUUAGAAAAAUACAGUGGAACCUACCUACUAAUAAUUUGACUAAAAAUUCAACCUAAUUAGUGUAAAAUUGGAGAAACAAACAAUUCACCAUAAUUCUUUUUAAAACAUGGUUACCAAUUGUACCUGACUAUUUUCAUAACUCAAUAUGUAUAUAUAAAUAGAAGUAUAUUAUCAGAGAAUAUCGUUGUACAUAUCUAUCUGAAAACAAAUGUCGAUAAGAAAUUUCAGAUUAUAACAAAACUUUGAGAGACGAAUUUUGUUUUCCCUUUCUUUUCCGUGUUGAAAAAAAGAUAAAUUAAAAUGCUUGACAGAUUAGAUUGCUCAUAAGAAAACAAAACUUGAAUACCAUACCAAAAAAACACUACUUGUAUAUAAAUA